GUCUCCCAGCUUUGAACUUCCCAGGUUGAGCCGAGCAGCGGUGCGUGUAAAGAGACUGUCAGCUCACCUCAGCAGAGCCGCGAUGACCACAAACCACCACAACUCCAGUCCUCCCUCUGCAGCCAGUGGGGACGUCAGCACUGCAGCCAUUCUGAUAAUCGGUGAUGAAAUACUCAAGGGCCACACCUCUGACACCAACAGUGGAUUUCUGACUCGAUCGCUGAGGAAACUCGGAGUGUCCGUGCAGAGGAUUACGGUCAUACCAGACAUCCCGGAGGUCAUCGCCAAUGAGGUGGCGCUGCUUUCCCCUCAGUACACGCAUCUCAUCACCUCAGGAGGCAUCGGCCCCACCCACGACGAUGUCACCUUUGAAAGCAUCGCCAUGGCGUUCCAGGAGGAGUUAGUAGUCCACCCUGAGCUGGAACAGCUGGUCAAACAGUUCUUCGGGACAGUGGACAAAGACAGUGCUGUGAUGAAGCUGGCCACGGUGCCGUGCUCUGCCAAACUAAACUACGGAACUGAUCCACAGACGGGGAAAGGACUCCGCUACCCACUGGUCAGCGUACGGAAUGUGUUUGUAUUUCCCGGGAUCCCUUCUCUAAUGGAGAAGGCCUUCAGGGGGCUGGAGCAUCUCUUCACUUCAUCUGCAAUCACUUUUCACACCAGGGAGGUGUUUGUGGAUGCAGAUGAAACCGAGAUUGCUCCGGUGUUGACCAAACUGCAGACCGGUUGGGGGAAGAAGGUGGCGUUGGGUUCCUACCCUGACUGGAUGAGCAACUACCACAGAGUCAGGCUGGUCCUGGACUCGGACAGCUUCGAGGAGGUGGACAAAGCCCGGGCACAGCUGCUUGAUGAACUGCCCAAAGGAAGUGUGGUGCCCUUAGUCACUGACUCGGUGUCCAUCGCCCCGGCCGAGGUUUACGCACUGGCGGGUAACGGAACACCGCUGGGUGAAAAAGUUAAGUCUGCUCUGGAAACAAUAGAGACUGCGUUGGAUCAGUACUCCGCAGAGGAAGUCUGUGUCGGCUUCAACGGGGGCAAGGACUGCACGGCUCUGCUCCACCUCUACACUGCUGCGCUGAGGAGGCGGCAUCCUGAUGGUAAAGACAAGGUGAAAGCUCUGUAUAUCCGGAUUGUGUCUCCCUUCCCAGAAAUGGAGCGAUUCCUCCAGGACACGAUAAAAAGAUACGACCUGGACCUGUUCUCUGUGGAGGGCAGUAUUCGGCAGGCACUCAUUGAGGUUCAGGACAGGAGACCGGAGCUGAAGGCGGUCCUAAUGGGGACCAGGAAAACAGACCCCUACUCACACACACUCACGUCCAUGUGUCCCACCGACCCUGGCUGGCCAGACUACAUGCGAGUCAACCCUUUGUUGGACUGGACCUAUCACGACAUCUGGUCAUUCCUGAGAACGCUGUACGUGCCCUACUGUAUUCUCUAUGACAAAGGGUACACUUCACUGGGCAGCAUGGACAACACCUGUCGAAACACGUCCCUCCAGAUAGUCGACAGCAGAGGGGUGAAACGAUACAAGCCGGCCUACCUCCUGGAGAAUGAAGAGGACGAGCGAAACUCUCGUGCCUGAUUUAGCCACUUUUCAGAUCGCAACUUGCACAUGGACUAUUUUUACAACUGCGGUAAUCCAGUUUGUGUGUUAUUUGUGGAUACGUCAUGAUUUAUAUUUGUGUUGUGCAGUCUGAACUAGCACCUAGAGAGUUCUUCAGGACACUACAUGGAAGUCUGUUUCAUUUUGACAAUCCAUUCUGGUUCUUAGAUGUUUUAACAUCCGUCCUAAAUCAUGUGACAACAAACCAGUGAAUAAAUCAAGAUUAUUUUAUGCCUAGAAUUAU